CAGGUGGAAAAGCUUUGGGAGCUUCUAUGCCCUCUGCUUAGGACAGCAUUGUCCAACAUCACGGUAGAAACUUAUAAUGACUGGGGAACUUGUAUAGCAACUUCCUGUGAAAGCCGAGAUCCCCGGAAACUUCAUUGGCUUUUUGAGCUGCUGUUGGAAUCACCAUUAAGUGGUGAAGGAGGAUCCUUUGUAGAUGCAUGUCGACUUUAUGUACUACAAGGUGGCCUUGCCCAGCAAGAAUGGAGAGUGCCUGAGCUAUUACACAGACUACUGAAGUACUUGGAACCCAAACUCACCCAGGUUUACAAGAAUGUCAGGGAAAGAAUAGGGAGUGUGCUGACCUACAUAUUUAUGAUAGAUGUUUCUUUGCCAAAUACUGCGCCUACAACAUCCCCUUGUGUCCCUGAGUUUACUGCUCGAAUCCUAGAGAAGUUGAAACCCCUCAUGGAUGUGGAUGAAGAAAUUCAGAACCAUGUUAUGGAAGAAAACGGAAUUGGUGAAGAAGAUGAACGAACUCAAGGCAUUAAACUAUUGAAAACCAUAUUGAAAUGGCUGAUGGCAAGUGCAGGAAGAUCCUUCUCUACAGCAGUCACAGAACAACUUCAGCUUCUACCUUUGUUUUUUAAGAUUGCUCCAGUAGAAAAUGACAACAGCUAUGAUGAACUGAAAAGAGAUGCAAAGUUGUGUUUAUCACUGAUGUCUCAGGGGCUCCUUUACCCUCAUCAAGUGCCUUUGGUACUUAAGGUGCUAAAACAAACAGCAAGGAGCAGUUCUUGGCAUGCAAGAUACACAGUACUGACCUACCUCCAGACCAUGGUAUUUUAUAACCUCUUUAUUUUCCUAAACAAUGAAGAUGCAGUUAAAGAUAUCAGGUGGCUGGUUAUAAGUCUUUUGGAGGAUGAACAGCUAGAGGUUCGAGAAAUGGCUGCUACAACCUUAAGUGGUCUGUUACAGUGUAACUUCCUUACCAUGGACAGUCCUAUGCAGAUUCAUUUUGAGCAACUUUGCAAAACAAAACUGCCUAAGAAAAGAAAGAGAGACCCUGGUUCCGUAGGAGAUACCAUUCCUUCUGCAGAGUUGGUCAAACGGCAUGCUGGUGUGCUAGGACUUGGUGCAUGUGUUCUUUCUAGUCCUUACGAUGUUCCUACUUGGAUGCCCCAGCUCCUUAUGAAUCUCAGUGCACAUCUGAAUGAUCCUCAGCCUAUUGAGGUACAAUUUCUUCCUUGUUAGUUUCUUUGCA